GAGGGGAGGGGGUUCUUCAACUUUUCAGCAAGGGUCGUCAUUCCUUUUAGGAUGUGGUAGGGGGCAUGGGAGAGACCAUGCCUUUGCUGCCCUCUCCCUGCUGCACUGCUGAGUCCAUCCCCAAUGGAGAUUGAGCCUUCUUGAAAAAGAAUGACUUUCUCUGACCGGAUUAAUACAAGCUUGAAUGGGAACCACACGGGAGAAGCCGGCGGAGUUAACUGGUCCUUGUCCAGAGAAGAUGUUCAUUCCAACAGCAGUUCCUCCUUAGCUCUGAGACUGACCCUGCAGUCGGUGGGCGUCGGAGUCUUCCUCGCCAUCUUCAUCCUCUUGGCUAUUGUGGGCAACAUCUUGGUCAUACUGUCUGUGGCCUGCAACCGUCACUUGAGGACCGUGACCAACUACUUCAUCAUCAACCUGGCCAUUGCGGACUUGCUCCUCAGCACCACCGUCUUGCCCUUCUCGGCCACCUUGGAAGUCCUGGACCUCUGGGUCUUUGGCCGCAUCUUCUGUGACAUCUGGGCAGCGGUGGACGUCCUCUGCUGCACUGCUUCCAUCAUGAGCCUGUGCAUCAUCUCGGUGGAUAGAUACAUCGGGGUAAAAUAUUCCCUCAAGUACCCCACCAUUAUGACAGAGAAGAAGGCCGUGAUUAUCUUGGGGGUGGUCUGGCUCUCCUCCAUGGUCAUAUCGAUCGGGCCGCUCUUGGGUUGGAAAGAGGAACCCCCUGAAAGUGAGGAGUUCUGCAGCAUCACGGAAGAACCUGGCUAUGCCAUCUUCUCAUCUCUUUUUUCCUUCUACUUGCCCCUCCUGGUCAUACUGGUGAUGUACUUCAACAUCUAUGUGGUAGCCAGGAGGACCACCAAGAGUUUGGAGGCUGGGGUCAAGAAAGAACGGAACAAGUCCAUGGAGGUGGUGCUCAGGAUCCAUUGCCGGAGUGUCCUCGAGGACUCGCUGGCCAGCACCAAGAGCAAAGGACACACCUUCAGAAGCUCGCUCUCUGUCCGCCUUCUGAAGUUCUCCAGGGAGAAGAAGGCAGCCAAGACGCUUGCCAUCGUGGUGGGGGUCUUCAUUCUCUGCUGGCUGCCAUUCUUUUUCGUCCUGUCCUUCGGUUCCUUCUUUCCUUCACUGAAGCCCACAGGCAUGGCCUUCAAGAUCAUCUUCUGGCUCGGCUACUUCAAUAGCUGUGUGAACCCGAUAAUCUACCCCUGCUCCAGCAAAGAGUUCAAAAGAGCUUUCAUCCGUCUGCUGAAGUGUCAGUGCCGUCGGAGAAGGCCUAUCUGGAGGGUGUAUGACAACCACUGGCGAGGUGCCUCAAUCAAUGGCUCUAGCCAAGACUCUGAGAGGGAACCACGUUCCAGGAUCUCAACUCUCAACGGCUCCUUCAUAUUGAACUCCAGCAGCUUGGAAAGAUCAAGUAAAAGAAGAACUCUGAACUUCAAGAGAUGGAGGAUAUUUUCUCCAUUCCAAAAACCAACCACACAGCUAAAAGAGAAAAUGAAUAGCCUCUCCCACAAGAUGCGUGGUAGCUCCCUCAAAGGUGGCAUGGCAGCCUCCUUCAAAACAGAGGUGGAGUCAGUCUCCAUUGGGAUCCCCAAUGAAUUCUUGGAAUGCAUUGACUAUCAAAUGUAUGAUGAUUUAACAGACUCUGAGUCUUGUGGGCUUAAAGAAACAGAUAUUUAAUGCUAAUAGGGGACAUUCAGGUUCUUCUGGAUUCAGUUUGUUUGUUUCCAUCUUAUACGUGGUUGGCUGACAUAGGUGGGUGCACUCCAUGAGUGAGACAGGUAGACUAACCAAGGUAGUCAUACCCCAUUGGUAGAGCCCAUGCUUUGCAUACAGAAGGCACCAUUCUCCAUUUGACACACACACACCCAUGUUUCCAAUGAGUUGAGAGCAGUAUGUCAUAGCCUUGGUUGGAAAUCUCAAAGAGCUCCUGUCUGACCUAAUAAGUGACACCCUUUUUACAAUUGAGUUUUACAAGUUAGCUAUCUAAAGAUGGACAGACAGCCAUGAUGAUGAGCAGGAUAAGUUACAUAUGUAAGUCCUGGGGUAGAUCAAUGGGUCCUGCAAGAGAAGCUGGCCAAUUUAUUGAUUAUGAGAAUUAUCCACCUCUGGUGGGUAGAGCAGUGCCUUGUUAUCAGUGAGUGAACGCUACACAAUCCUGUGCUAAAAAUAUUUGCCACCAUGAAAAAAAAUAUUUGCCACCAACAAGUGAUGUAAAUUAAGAGGAAGACAUCAUGUGAGAUCAUUACCAAGUGUUGCUUUAUUCUGAACUUGAUUCUUGGAUUAUACAGAUUUCUGGAGCCAGAUUAUUGGAGUAGGAAAGAGACGGUUAAGAAUGCUGGGGUAGAUAACAAAUCAGAACCCAGACAAGUUCUGUGCUCUGAUUUGUUACCUAGUCCUGCCCCCUCCAAUGACCCAAAUCCCCAGUGAACCUUCUUGAUCACUGCUGAGCUCUUCAAGAAGGGGAAAAAGAAAUCCAACCCAAGAAAUCCUAUUUCCUCCAUUGCGGUGUUGAGGAACACCCAAGAGAGAAGGAAUGGAGCUCUGGAAUGCAAGCAGGAGUUCUUCAGGUUGACAGACUUGGGGUGGAGUUAGUACAGCCCUACAUUGUACUGGAUCCCAGUGGGAAGAUCCCAGUGGGAAGCCUAGGGCCAUUAGUUCUUCCUCACUCAGCCAUGCUGGAACACGGAAGGUGAGAAACAUUGGAAAGACUAUCGUUUCCCACCCCUGACCAGCAUGGUGAGAAUUUAAUACCCACCAUCUAAUUUAUAAUAUGUCAACUAUCCAAUAUCUUGAAGUUGGUUACAUUUUUUUGUUGGUUAGAAAAAAGGAGUGAGUAUCCUGUCACUGGUUUGGCACACGGGCCACUUGCAUACGAGUAGUACCAUCACUGUCUAGCUAACAUCUCACUUUGUAGGCUGCCCUCCUUCUCCCCUUCCCCUGAUGUAUGCAAGUGAACAGGCUUACUCAGCAGUGAGGAUAAUGCAUUUUGCUUAUGCUCAGAGGCAUUUCCAUUGCUGUGCUCCGAUGCCCGAGAACCUGCGCCUCCUGAAAAUUAAACUCUGGGUUUAAAAUGGAGUUUGGAGACUGGAGUUUCAGCGAGUCGGAUUCAAAUGCACGCAGCUGAUUUGCCAGCGAGGGGGAAGGUGUCUCUUCAAAAAACAGUUAAUGCGUGGUGUUCAAAUCACAUGAUUUUCUUUGAUCUUUCCUAAACAUUGGCUCACAUUCAGAAGGAACAGGAGGAGCAUUGAGGAAAGAAACCCAAAUAAAGAAAAGGACAUCACAAUCGUUGGAUCCAUCAAAAUCCAUCAAAAUCUCAACAACGCAAGAACAUUCCGGUAGAAGUUGGUGGGAGGGUUGAAAAACAUACAUGAGACUGUUAGUCUGAGCAACCAUGAAAAAUCUACCCACUUUGGUUGGCUUAGGGAUAGGGGUGUCCACAGGGUGUGGUUGAAAAGUCAAGAAUGGUGGCCACAGCAGUGCAAUGGAAGCUCCAUUGUGGCCACCGUUCCAAUGUUUUUUACCAUACUGUGCGGACACCCCUGCUAAUGAAGAAAGGAUCCAGGCAGUGCCCUUUCUGGUGAAUAUGGUUUGUAAAGAUUGAAUUCAUAUUAGUACAAAUGAGCCUCCAACAUUGUUCUCUAGGUCUGAGUUUGCAGCUUAGAAGUAGCUCUUUGGAUGGACUUGGAAUAUUCCUCCAAAAACAUGAUGCACAUUUCUUGUUCUGUAAUCCGGGUAAUAGUAUACCAAACAUUUUGGUUCUUUUUUUUUUUUAACAUUCUCCCGCCAUGUUUUUGCUUUCUUUCGUUCAAUGGAGAAGAUCAUUUGGGUUCAGUUCUCCAGAUAGAGAUGCCUGAGGGGUAUUUGCAAGCAUCUUCCCUUUCUUUUACAAUCAUUUUCCUUGCCUUCCCAUGGUUUCUAGUAAAUCCUAUCGAAAGAUAUCAUGAGGGAAAUCCCCCCUUGGGGGGGUUUCAAACUGGGCUGCCUGGCCAGCCGAGGUGGCAAAAUGCAAAAUAUAAUGAAUGACUCCAUUAGCUGUCUUGAUCCCCAAUGAUCAAAUCAGCUGAAAGAAAUUUUAGAAAAAUUCUGAAUCGUCCCCAAAAUGUGUUGGAGCACAACAGGAGGACAAGUCUUGGCCCAGUGUCAAAUCAAAGCCAUCUUGUGUUGUCAGUUAGAGGAUGUUGUGGGGAGAGUGUUGGAAUAGGAGUGGGGAGACAGGAGGGAGUGUUCCAUACACCCCCUUGGAAGAAAGAUGGAAGACAAAUCUAACAAACUCUUGAAUUACUCCAAGAUUCCUCUACUUCCAGAGCAUCUUGAGUGUCACCUGAGAAGUCAAUUCUUACCUUUCCAUUAGGGCAGUGUUUCUCAAU